CGUGCCGCAGGACCGCAUCUCCCGGCGUGCCCCGCGGUUGUUGCUAAGGGCUACAGGGAGCUGCGAGCUCGGCGGGUCGCUGCAGGCAGGCCGCGCCGCUGCCAUGUCCUAGCUCCUGGGACCCGCCCGCUCCAGCCGGUCCGCUCCUGUCUGAUCAAAGCUUCUCCAGGAACCAUUUCCAACAAAAAUGGCAGAAAAAGUGAAUAACUUUCCACCGCUCCCGAAAUUUAUUCCUCUGAAACCUUGCUUCUACCAGAACUUCGCUGAUGAAAUCCCCAUAGACCAUCGGACUCUGGUGAAGAGAAUCUACCAUUUAUGGAUCUUUUACUGCAUCACACUAUUGGUGAAUAUUAUUGCCUGCCUGGCAUGGUGGCUUGCUGGUGGUUAUCCUGUCAAUUUUGGCUUGGCCAUCCUUUGGCUUGUUCUCUUCAGCCCUUGCAGUUACAUAUGCUGGUUCCGACCCGUAUACAAAGCCUUUCGGUCUGACAGCUCCUUUAAUUUUAUGGCCUUUUUCUUCAUCUUUGGCGCCCAGUUUAUUCUCACCUUCAUACAAGCGAUUGGUAUCUCUAGAUGGGGAGCGUGUGGAUGGUUAGCAGCAGCUACUUUUUUCAGUACCAACGUUGCAGCUGCUGUGUUCAUGCUGUUUCCUGCCAUCAUGUUCACAAUGUGUGCAGUUGCAAUGUUCUUCUGUCUCCUAAAGGUGCAUAAAAUCUACCGAGGAGGUGGUGGAAGCUUUCAGAAAGCCCAGGAUGAGUGGAACAGUGGCGCUUGGAAGGACCCCCCGAGCAGGGAAGCUCAGUAUAAUAAUUUUUCUGGAAACAGCCUGCCAGAGUAUCCCACAGUGCCCAACUAUCCCACAGGAAAUCAAUGGCCUUAAACAGCAAGUGGCUGUCAUGCUGCCUGGAUCAUCUCUUCUCUUGGUCUCUUCAUUAUUAUCAUUAUCAUCAUCAUCAUCAUCGUUAUUAUUAUUUGAAAAGAUCAUUUGCAUUCCCCCCCAUCUUUGGGUGUUUUGUUUUUUUGGGGGAGGGGGUUUAAUCCUCUCCUCAUGACUGCAAAUGAUCUGUGCUGUAAGCCUGUGCUGCAUCUAGAGCUUUGUAUGUCACUGUUGGAACAUUUCAUUUUGUGCGUGGUUGCCAGUAUUCACCUUGUUGUAGACCAAGGAACCAGUCACUGCCCUUGCUCGGGGAACCUGUCAGUGGUCAUAUGUGGAAAAGGCUGACUAUCCCCAUCAUGGCAAAUGUUCUAUUCAAGUUACUCUUUCCCUCAAUCUCCUAUCUUAUUACAUGCACAAUGCGUCACUGCUUUCUUCCAUCAAAAUGGGUAUUAACUGGCAUUUAUACUUCUGGAUGCAUCCCUGGAACUUCUUGUUCCCAAAGGAAAAUGUAUCAUUUGUUUGGUAAGAUCGUAGGUGGAGCUCCCUUGCUGUUCAUAAGGCCUUUUGAAGUUUUACAACUUCUCUUCCUUAGGGUUUUUUUAGUGGGAGAAUGCUUUAGAGAACACCACCCACCAUGUGUGAGUGCUAAUUGUAUGUAGGAUCCAGGAGAACCUCUAGUCACCUGGUAGGGUAUCAUUAUUUUGGAACCCUAGCUUUUCUUUGUUUCUUUCUGAUCUGUCAGGUCUAUAUGCUGUGGAAGUGCAGGUUCAUCUUGUUUGUCUAAUAACUUGCUCACUGAAAUCCUGGUCCAAAGCCCAUUGGCAUCAAAUAAAAAACUCCCACU